AUGCCGAAAACGAUGGUAUCUGAUCUGCGAGAAUCUGCACGGAAGGUACUCGACGAUAUGAAAUGCUUCAUCUCUGGUGCCGACGAGGAAAAGAAAGCUCUAGAAAGUAUUGUUAGCCGCUUUGCGACGAGUGGUGAAGGAAACGCUUGUGUGGUUGUUGGUAGGGGUGAAAGCGGUCGUACAACCGUUGUGAAAAAUGCCGUCGAAGAGUUUGAGCUUAGCGCGAAGUUGAUUGUGGUAAGCGUGGCUCAAAUUGGUUCCGAAAAAAAUACGCUGCAGUUACUAACGGAUGGCGAAGACCUCAAGAGUUGCAUACUGAUAAUUGAAGAUGCAGACGAGUUGGCAGCACGCCAGCGACAGUCGUUACUUUAUUUACUUUUGGACACGACAAGAAAAGGCAGCGAUCAUCAAUGGCUGGUGUUUCUGAUGGUGCAAAACCAGAACUUCAUCACGUCUUUGGAAAAAAGAGUUCGAUCUCGAUUAUCCAUGGCUCGGAUAGUUUUCCAACCGGCUAGUUCGUUGGAUGAAUAUAUUGAGGCGUUCGGAAGUUUCCUUGGUAAAGAGAAUCCGGAGGUUUCUAAAGAAUGGCGAAAUUUUGUAAUGGAAGUUACAGCGGACACCGCAGUCUUAGCUGAAUUAAAGUAUUUGUUCUCGACGGACAACUCUUAUGCUGUACUGAAAAAGGUGACAAGCGCUUUCUUGUGUCUUUAUUUGGCAAACGAGGAUGCUACACCAGUCAGCAAGCUUGUAACGGAUGCCGUAGAAAUGAUUUUACCACGGACUCACUCAUUGGAGGCCAUUGUCAGAUCUUUAUCCUUGUGGUCUUUGUGUGUGCUUCUCUGCGUUUAUCGGCGACUACGGUCAUGCCCGGUAUCAACAGCUGUGGGAUAUAGAAAAAUUGCUCAAGAUUUUCGACGUAUUGGAAACACUGUGGAUAGCCGUGUCCGUGUUCCCUCCGAUUUGGCUGUGUAUAGAGAACUAGAUCGCCUUGUCGACUAUGGACUUUUGAUUGCGGAUUCAAAAGCGAACAAUGUUGUUUUCAAGAGAUGCUCGCUGAAUGUACACUCGAAAACACUCGGUGAAUUACUGCGAGGGGUUACCUUACCAAUGGCAAUCGGAUAUUGGUUUGAUACCCAGACCACCUAA